GGCGUGGCCAGCGGAGCCCCGGCUGGAAGUGCCAGGCUUGUUCUAGAAAGGGCCGGCGAGGAAGAGAGAGAGAGAGAGGGACAGCUGCGUGUUCUAGAAGAGUGGGAGAUCCUUGGCGAGGUUCCGGGUCUGCUUUUUCACUUUCCCUCCUUCCGUGCCCAGCCCCAGGUCUGCUGCUGCUGCUACGACUCAGCCUCUUGCUCCUGAUAACUCUGUGUCCCUAAUUGCUUAACCCUUCCUGAUGACUCUUGGCUCUCCUUUCCUUGGCGACACAAUGCAAGCUUGGGCGGUGUGUGCGUGCUUUUGAGUAGACUUACGGUGACACCACUCCAUAGUCAGAGGGGGGUUUUGCCUCUGGCAUAUAGCCUGCAGUGCUUAGAGUCCCUUGCCGGUCUCCCCUCCAAGCGCCGUCUAGGGCUGAGCCUGCUUCGCUUCCAGGACCAAUCAGGAUCGGAGCCGGAGUCGGGGUCUUUCUCCCAGAUAUUCCAUAUAUUCAAGAUGACUCCAUGGAUUAAGUCAUUGCUGUUCACUUGCCUACUCUACAUUGGACCAACACAAGCAGAAUUUUUCACAUCUAUAGGCCAAAUGACAGACCUAAUCUAUGCAGAAAAAGACUUGGUACAGUCAUUAAAAGCUUAUAUUCAGGAAGAAGAAUCUAAGUUGACUAAAAUUAAAAGUUGGGCAGAGAAGAUGGAAUCCCUAACUACUAAAUCCACUUCAGAUCCAGAAGGCUAUCUUGCACAUCCUGUCAAUGCCUAUAAACUGGUGAAGCGUCUCAACACAGAAUGGUUGGAGCUGGAGAACCUGGUUCUUGAGGAUGCAACUAAGGGUUUUAUUGCAAAUCUCACAGUCCAGCGUCAGUUCUUCCCAAAUGAAGAAGAUGAGACGGGAGCUGCCAAGGCAUUAAUGCGCUUGCAAGACACCUACAAGCUGGAUCCUGAAACAAUUUCAAAAGGAGAAUUUCCAGGAACAAAAUACAGAUCACUCCUGACAGUGGACGACUGCUUUGGCAUGGGAAAGACGGCAUAUAAUGAUGGAGAUUACUACCACACUGUCCUGUGGAUGGAGCAGGCGCUGAAGCAACACGACCGGGGCGAAGAGGCAACCAUUACGAAAGCCACCAUCCUGGAUUACCUCAGCUACGCCAUUUUCCAGCUUGGUGACAUACACAGGGCAGUGGAGCUUACCAGGCGGUUGAUCUCCCUUGACCCCAGUCAUGAGAGGGCAGGGAGCAACAUGCGGUAUUUCGAGAAACUGCUGGAGAAUGAAAAAAAUGAAAAGGCUCUUGGUGAUGCCCCAAAUGCAACAGAGCCAACAACAUAUAAUGGGAUUUAUGAAAGGCCUCGGGACUACCUGCCAGAACGUGAGAUCUAUGAGGCCCUUUGCAGAGGUGAAGGUGUGAAAAUGACACCUCGAAGACAGAAGAGGUUAUUUUGUAGGUACCACAAUGGAAACCAAAAUCCUCACCUACUUAUUGCACCCUUUAAAGAAGAAGAUGAGUGGGAUAGUCCACACAUUGUUAGAUACUACGACGUCUUAUCUGAUGAAGAAAUAGAGAAGAUUAAGGAGCUGGCCAAACCAAAAUUGGCAAGGGCUACUGUACGUGACCCCAAAACAGGUGUAUUAACUGUUGCCAACUACCGAGUGUCUAAAAGUUCCUGGCUUGAAGAAGAGGAUGAUUUGAUUGUUGCCAAAGUGAAUCAGCGAAUGGAACACAUCACAGGAUUAACAGUGAAAACAGCUGAAUUAUUGCAGGUUGCAAAUUAUGGCAUGGGAGGACAGUAUGAGCCACACUUUGACUUCUCAAGGAAAGAGGAGCCUGAUGCUUUCAAGCGUUUAGGGACUGGGAAUCGUGUGGCUACUUUUUUAAACUAUAUGAGUGAUGUAGAAGCUGGAGGUGCCACAGUUUUCCCAGAUUUUGGAGCUGCAAUUUGGCCCAAAAAGGGGACUGCAGUAUUUUGGUAUAACCUUUUUAGAAGUGGAGAAGGUGAUUACCGAACAAGACAUGCAGCAUGUCCAGUAUUAGUAGGGUGUAAGUGGGUCUCAAAUAAGUGGUUUCAUGAAAGAGGAAAUGAAUUUUUAAGACCGUGUGGGACAACCGAAGUCGACUGAAAUCAUCCUACAUUUUUGCAUUUUUCCACAUCUGCCCACUUCUUCGUGCAUCGUCCAGUUCAUUUCUGAGAAAUGACUCCUACUCUACUAUGAAAAGUGAUAACACUAUUUAUUUAAAGAUAAGGCAGACUCUAUCGAUGGAAGAAGAGAGCUUUUUUUACAGUUGGUGCUACAUGGUUGUUUCUUUCCACAUCAUCUACAUUUUUUCAUUUUCCUGCUUUUCUCCAGUUUAUAUAUAUCAACCACACAGGAAGUGUUUGGCUGGGGGUUGACUGCUUGGUAUUUUGGUCUACUGAACAACCAGAAUUUUACAUGUGAAACAUUUGUCACUGACCUAAUUUUUCAAAUGUACAGUUUAUAAUUUUAUUAUAUUUUCUAACUCGUGCAACUAAAAUAUUCUUUUAAAACAUAAAAAUAUUAUUUUAAAAGAAA